CUUCAGUUGAAGUUUGUCGCUGGCCGCGUUCAGUUGUCCGGCUAGAAAAGCGGAAGACCGGGAAAUCCAGACGCGCUACAGACGCCCGAUAUCUGCUCCCACUCGCAGCGCAAGAUCGCGGGAAAUCAGGAAGCUCCGAAAACAUCGGAUAACCGUUUUUAUUUUUAUUCCCCUUUGGUUCGUUCUCGUCUCCGUUUCUUCUGUUACUUCUGUUUUCGUGUCUUAAGUUUGGAACCCCUCGCCGAUUUCCAGCAAUUAGUUACUACAUAUAUGUUCUGUGUUAUCAAAAACGCGGGCGAAAGAAGCGCUCUAUCUGCGAUUGUAAAGACAAACACCCACCACAAGAAAGUAGCUGUGUGCCUCUCGGGCAAAUGAACCGAAAUUAAAGGAGAUUACAAACAUCGCUCUCAAGCAAAUGUAGAGACUGUUAGUCCGGAGAACAAAGGCUAGCAACAUCUGAGGAGCACAAGCACGUGCAGAGUGGAAGGGUCGCCAGCUCAAACCGACAAAUGAAAACCAAAAACCAGACCAACAUCAUCUGCUCCAACUGCCAAUGCUUUAGCCACUCGAGUCGGGGAAUCGCCAUCACCGACGAGAAGAACGUCCUGCGGAUCCAGAGCUACACCUACAAGUGCUUGAACCACAAUCCGCGACCUCGGAUACUCCGCUGAUAGUGAUAGUGGACUCUGGCUGCAGAUAGAGAAGACCCAAGCCUGACCACACCAGACCAGCAUCGCCAUCAGAAGCAGCAGCUUAACUUGAAAGAAAAUCUGGUUUGGAUCCAGCGAUCCAAUCCGCUCUGAUACGAUACGAUACGAUUCGAUUCGAUACUAUACGAUCCGCGGACGAGCCUCCUGCUUUGGUGCAUUUCCAGUUUGGCGGCUGCUCCACUUUCGUGGCUCCAUAAACAAAGAGCCGGGCGAGAACUGGUUAUUUUCCCACUGCGAUCGCUGCUGCAGCUACCAACUGCGCCUAACUGCAAUCGACUGCGACCUCUGAUUCCGAAUCCGAGUCCACGUCGCAUCCACAUCCAACUGGACUCGAUCCCUCCGCCAGACUCAUGUACUACGCCGUCGAUUACUACGCGGAUAUGGGACAAAUCUCUCAAGAUUGUUUCGCUGCAACGCAAACUGGAGCAUCCGACUUUGACAUGGACGAGCUCGAUGACCUGGACCAGGUGACCCAAGUGAUUGGAUACCAUCCCCAGUUCCACGAUCACUUCCUGGCCACCCAGAACUUCAUUAUGAAGGGCGAUGGCCCGCUGCCGAACGAUUACAGAUACUACUUGGCCAUAAUUGCUGCUGCCCGACAUCAGUGUCCGUAUCUGGUGAAGCGGUACGAGAAGGAGUUCAUCAACCAGGGCGGCGAUAGCGCCUGGCUGGGCGGCCUGGACUUCAUACCCGCCAAACUACGUGCCAUAUACGAUAUCAAUAAAAUAUUAGCCCAUCGGCCCUGGCUGCUGCGCAAGGAGCACAUCGAGCGGCUCACCAAGGGGAAGAACAGCUGGUCGCUGUCGGAGGUGGUGCACGCCAUGGUCCUGCUCUCGCACUUCCACUCGCUGUCCUCCUUUGUGUUCUCCUGCGGCCUCACACAAAAGCUGGACGGGCUGUCCAGUCCCAAGCUGAAGAGUCCGCCCGCCGCAGUGGGGGCCCUCGCACCCACCAUCCUCAUCACUCCCACCUCGCCGACGGAGACGCAGAAGGGAAAGCCCGUGCUGGCGGAGAUCUCGCUCAACAAUGCAAAUCCGGAUUACAACAGCCAGACCGCAGCGAGCAGUAAUGGAGGAGCUCCACCGGACUCCGCAAAUGCGGCUGCGGAUGGACCCGAUGCAACGGCCCUUAACGGAUAUUUGGCCACGGCGCAGCAGCUGCCGCAGCAGCACGGCAUCAGUGUGGAGGCGCUGAUGGAGCGCAUGAAGGUCCUGUCCCAGAAGCAGGACGAGUGCAGCGAGGCGGAGCUGAGCAGCCGCUUCCAGAAGGUGGAGCAGCAGACGGCGGAGCUGGCGGCCGUGACUCCGGAGGCGGCUGUGGGCGUGCCCACCAACCUGUCGCACUACGUGGACGAUGCCAACUUCAUUUACCAGGACUUCGCCCGGCGCGGCACCGAGAGCAUCAACACGUUUCGCAUCCAGGACUACUCCUGGGAGGAUCACGGCUACUCGCUGGUGGACGGGCUGUACAACGAUGUGGGCAUCUUCUUGGACGCCAAGUUUCGGGCCGCCUACAAUCUCACCUACUGCACCAUGGGCGGCAUCAAGAAUGUGGACACGUCCAAGUUCCGGCGGGCCAUUUGGAACUACAUCCAGUGCAUCUACGGCAUUCGCCACGACGACUACGACUAUGGCGAAGUGAACCAGCUCCUCGUGCGUCCCCUGAAAAUGUUUAUUAAGACAGCCUGCUGCUUCCCCGAGCGAAUCACCACCAAGGACUACGAUAGUGUGCUGGUCGAGCUGCAGGACAGUGAAAAGGUUCAUGUGAAUCUGAUGAUAAUGGAAGCCCGUAAUCAGGCCGAGUUACUCUAUGCUCUGCGCGAGAUAAUGCGCUAUAUGACUUGAUCUCAUUAAGUGAAUAAACAUACAUACACGCCCAAAAACCACUCACACACACAUACCCACACAUGCAUAAAACAUUUUGUUAUUUUGAGAGAGCGCAACGGAAAUUCGGCGAAUCGGAAACGGAAACGGAAGCUGCAGAGGAUCCCAGAGGCAGGAAGAGCCGCUAAAACACUGUUUUGAACACAACGAAAAGAUGGAGUAAAUGAGCGUGUGCUGCUAAGCUGCAUGGGCGGCAAUUAAUAGCCAUUCGAUAUCGGUGUCCAUUAAAUGAAUGUGAAUCGUUUACUACUCAAUUAACAAUAGUCAGUGUCUAUGGUUAGCCAACACGCAAAUUAAUCACGUAUACAACCGCAAUGCAAG